AUAAGCCCUAAGAUAAGAAUGAUUCUAAGUAAAACGGGUUUUCAGUUUAACAAUGGAAGGAGGAAAGGUUGGAAAGGGAGGAAGGAAAGGUGGAGACAGGAAGAAAGCAGUAACAAAAUCAGUGAAAGCUGGAUUACAAUUCCCAGUUGGUAGAAUCACUCGUUUCUUGAAGAAGGGUCGUUAUGCUCAACGUGUUGGUUCUGGUGCUCCGGUCUAUCUCGCCGCCGUUCUUGAAUACCUAGCUGCCGAGGUUAUGGAAUUGGCUGGAAAUGCUGCUAGGGAUAACAAGAAAUCAAGGAUUAUACCAAGGCAUGUACUAUUAGCAGUAAGGAAUGAUGAAGAAUUAGGAAAGUUACUCGCCGGUGUUACUAUUGCUAGCGGUGGUGUUCUUCCAAAUAUUAACUCUGUUUUGUUGCCAAAGAAGGGUCUUGACAAGGAGACUUCUACACCUAAAUCUUCUGCUCCUGCCGGAAAAUCUCCCAGGAAAGCUGCUGCCUAAUGAUACAUCUAUUAUGUAGUGAAAUCUGGGAUCAAUGUUCUGCUCUUUUUCUUGGUGUGGGGUUUUGUUUUUUAUGAUUUGGAAUCAGUUUCGGGUUUCAAUGUUCAUAGCGUCGUUUACUAGAAUAUAAGCUAAUCAAUGGAAUCGCUCUUUUUAUUUCUCU